AUGGAAUUUCCAAGUCAUAAGGAUAACUUAGAUGUUAAAGAUUUUUCACCUUCACAAACUCGUCAAAGGCGUUCUUCUUCAAUAAUUCAACAUUUAGAACCCGAUAAUCAGGAUACCAAGAUAGAUCAGCAAUUGAAUCCAAAUGUCAAUGCUAAUUGGGUACAUUACAAAGGUGCCUGGACUGUUCAUUUUGUAAUCAUCAUACUUUUGAAAGUAUUCUUUAAUUUUAUUACAGUAUUGGAUAAUAACUGGAAAUGGACUUUGGUUAAUUUGACUUAUUGUAUUGGAUCGUACAUCAUGUUCCACCAAGUAAAAGGGACCCCUUUCGAAUUCAACAACGGAGCUUAUGACAACUUAACUAUGUGGGAGCAAAUCGAUAAUGGUGAUCAAUAUACACCAGCCAAAAAGUUUUUGAUGUCAGUCCCUAUCUUCCUAUUUUUAAUUUCAACUCAUUAUGCAAAUUAUAAUUUAAACUUAUUUAUUUUGAAUGGUGUAAGUUGCUUAUGUGUUGUUGUUCCAAAAUUGGCUAUCAGUCAUAGAUUAAGAGUCACAUUGUAUUGA